GGGAAGGCGAAGGGUUUGGCCGGCGGGGCUGGACAGCCGCCCCCCCCUUGGCCCUGGGGGGUCCUGAUCCCACCCCCUCUGCACCCUUGGGCCCGGAUCCGACCCGUGCAAGCGCUCCCUGCGAUGCGCGCCCAGUGAGCCCCUCCUCGCCAUGCUGGCCCUCUUGGCCGGGCUGGCGUUGGCCUGGUGGGGGGCGGCGGGCGCCCCCCCGGAGCCGGCGCCGGGGGGCCGCUUCGUGUGCACCUCGCUGCCGCCGGACGCCUCGUGCCCGCUGCCCCCCGCGCCGCCCCCCGAGGAGGAGCUGAAGGCCGCCGUGCUCCGCCUGCGGGAGACCAUCCUGGCCCAGAAGGAGACGCUCGGCCAGCAGCGGGACGCCAUCCGCGAACUGACGGCCAAGCUGGGACGCUGCGAGGCCGCCGGCCCCGACGGCAAGGGGGGCGGCGGCGGGCCCCCCUUCAAGAAGGAGGCAGGCAAGGGCAAGGACACCAUGGGCGACCUGCCCCGGGAUCCCGCUCGCCUGGUCGACCAGCUCAGCCGCACCAUGCAGGCCCUCAAGGACCGCCUGGAGAACCUGGAGCAUCAACUCCGGGCCAACGUGUCGUACGCCGCUCUGCCUCUCGAUCUCCGAGAGAUGCUCCAGAAGAGGCUGGGGGACCUGGAGCGCCACCUCCUCAGCAAAGUGGCCGAGCUGGAGAACGAGAAGUCUUUGCUCCACAACGAGACGUCCACCCACCGGCAAAGGACGGAGGCGGCUUUGAACGCGCUGCUGGAAAGGGUCUCUGAGCUGGAACGAG